UUGGUUCGCCCCAGCAGCUAAAUGCUAUUUCUGCAAUCUCCUCCCGACGCCUACCCGCUGCCGCCGCUGCCCGGCGCACGCCGCUGGCAUCGCCUCCGCCACCGCCACCUGCGACCUCGCCGCAUCGCCCCUACUCCCGCGCUCACUAACGCCGCGACCCUCGCUAGGAAACUGUGGAUGAUGACCUCCACCGCGCCGCGCCUAGGGUGCUUGACGAAAUGACGCGCCGGGGAGCGGCGGCCUCACUGCACCGGUCCCUCGCGGGGUUCCUCGCGCAUGACGAUCCGGAGAAAUUCCUGUUGCUCGUCGCGGCCAAGGCCAGGCAGCAUGGGGGCCUCGGCUCCGCUGACCUCGCGUGUGCCCUGCGGGCGUGCAGGGGGAGCGCAAACCGCUGGUCGCUGGUCCCGGAGAUCCACGCGACGGCGGCCGUGCGUGGUCUCGGAGGCGACCGGAUCGUCGGCAACCUUCUGAUUGAUUUGUAUGCGAAGGACGGACUUGUGCGGCGGGCGAGGCGGGUGUUCGAGGCGCUUUGUGCCAGGGACAAUGUCUCGUGGGUUGCAAUGCUGUCAGGGUAUGCACAGAAUGGUCUUGGAGAGGAAGCUGUUGGGCUGUACCGCCAGAUGCAUCGGUCCGGGGUUGGUCCUACGCCAUAUGUUCUGACUAGUGCGCUGAGUGCUUGCACUAAAGGGGGUCUUUUUGCGCAAGGACGGCUGAUCCAUGCGCACGUUUACAAGCAAGGAUUCUGCUCUGAAACCUUUGUGGGGAAUGCGCUUAUCGCGUUGUACUUAAGGUGUGGAUCCUUUAGGCUAGCAGAAAGGGUAUUCUGUGACAUGCUGUUCUGUGAUAGAGUAACGUUCAAUACAUUGAUCUCAGGGCAUGCUCAGUGUGGACAUGGUGGCCGUGCUUUGGAGAUAUUUGAUGAGAUGCGACUGGCAGGGUUGAGGCCUGAUUGUGUGACCAUUGCUAGCCUGCUUGCAGCCUGUGCCUCUUCUGGGCAUCUUCAAAACGGGAAGCAGCUUCAUUCGUAUUUGUUGAAAGCAGGUAUGUCUUCAGAUUACAUAUUGGAAGGCUCUCUCCUUGACCUGUACGUGAAAUGUGGUGAUAUUGAAACUGCCCUCGAAAUCUUCAAUUUGGGCGAUAGAAAGAACGUAGUGCUGUGGAAUUUGAUGCUUGUGGCAUAUGGGCAGAUUAGUGAUCUAGCAAAAUCUUUAGACAUCUUUUGUCAGAUGCAAGCUGCAGGUAUACGACCUAACCAAUUCACAUACCCAUGCAUUUUAAGGACUUGCACUUGCAUUGGAGCAAUUGAACUUGGAGAGCAGAUUCAUUCAUUAAGCAUAAAAACUGGCUUUGAGUCUGAUAUGUAUGUCAGUGGUGUAUUGAUAGAUAUGUAUUGUAAAUGUGGGUGGCUUGACAAAGCUCGAAGAAUUCUUGAAAUGCUUGAAGAAAAAGAUGUGGUUUCCUGGACUUCAAUGAUUGCUGGAUAUGUGCAGCAUGAGUUUUGUAAAGAGGCUCUUGAAACAUUCAAAGAAAUGCAGGAUUGUGGAAUUUGGCCAGAUAACAUAGGGCUGGCAAGUGCUAUAAGUGCUUGUGCUGGAAUCAAAGCAAUGAGUCAGGGUUCACAGAUUCAUGCUCGGGUUUAUGUGUCCGGUUAUUCAGCAGAUAUUUCAAUUUGGAAUGCGUUGGUAAACCUCUAUGCAAGAUGUGGAAGAAGUAAAGAAGCUUUCUCUUUGUUUAAGGCGGUGGAACAUAAGGAUGAGAUUACAUGGAAUGGAUUGGUAUCCGGUUUUGCACAAAGUGGUCUCUAUGAAGAAGCUCUCAAAGUAUUUAUGCAGAUGGGUCAAGCAGGUGGCAAGUAUAAUGUGUUCACAUUUGUAUCCUCUAUUAGUGCUUCAGCUAACCUUGCAGAUAUAAAACAAGGAACACAAAUACAUGGUAGAGUUAUUAAAACAGGUCACGCAUCUGAAAUUGAAGUUGCGAAUGCUUUGAUUUCACUCUAUGGAAAGUGUGGCAGCAUUGAAGAUGCCAACAUGGAGUUUUCUGAAAUGCCUGAGAGGAACGAGGUGUCAUGGAAUACUAUUAUUACAAGUUGCUCACAGCAUGGACGUGCACUAGAGGCAUUGGAUCUAUUUGAUCAAAUGAAGCAAGAAGGUCUGAAACCUAAUGAUGUUACCUUCAUAGGAGUGUUAGCUGCUUGCAGUCAUGUUGGUUUGGUAGAGGAAGGCCUUAGUUACUUCAAAUCCAUGUCUAAUGAGUAUGGAAUUCAUCCAAGACCUGACCAUUAUGCUUGUGUCGUGGAUAUUCUUGGACGGUCUGGGCAACUUGACCGUGCAUUGAGAUUUGUUGAGGAAAUGGCAAUCUCUGCUGAUGCAAUGGUUUGGAGAACCCUUCUCAGUGCUUGUAAAAAACACAAGAACAUAGAAAUCGGGGAGCUUGCAGCGAAGCAUCUCCUAGAGUUAGAGCCUCAUGAUUCGGCAUCUUAUGUUCUCCUUUCAAAUGCAUAUGCUGUUACUGGAAAGUGGGCCGGUAGGGAUCAGGUCAGAAAGAUGAUGAAAGACAGAGGAGUCAGGAAGGAACCAGGUCGUAGCUGGAUUGAAGUAAAGAAUGCAGUUCAUGCGUUCUUUGUUGGUGAUCGGUCACACCCCUUGGCUGAUCAGAUAUACAGUUUUUUGGUUGAUCUAAAUGAUAGGAUAGCCAAAAUAGGGUACAUGCAAGAAAAUUAUCAUCUCUUUCAUGAAAAAGAGCAAGAACGAAAAGACCCCACUGCUUUUGUUCAUAGUGAGAAGUUAGCUGUGGCUUUUGGGUUAAUGAGUUUGCCUCCUUGUGUGCCCCUUCGAGUGAUUAAGAACCUUCGCGUUUGUAACGACUGCCACAAUUGGAUGAAAUUUACCUCUCAAGUCAUGGGACGAGAAAUUGUGUUACGUGACGUGUACAGAUUUCACCAUUUUAUCAAUGGCAGCUGUUCAUGUGGAGACUACUGGUGAAUUGUGCUGAAGUGAAGUCCCUUCAGUACUAACUCCCACUGUGUUAAUUUGGUCUUAUUAAGAUGUUACCUCAAGCAGUUUGAGACCUUUCUAGAGCUGUGACAUGCAGAUAUCUAAAAUUGAAAUUCAUCAUGGCAAGGGCAGCACGUCCAAAUCAGUUAUUCAUGUUUUUGGCAUGUAGGUAUCAUUUGGUCAAGUUAAAGUGUACACUACAUGCGAACUGAGCAUAGCUCAGUUGGUUAGGGUUCUUGUGGUGGAACCUGCCCACCCGGAUUCAAGUCCUAGACUCGGCACGAGCGCUCGCAUUUUCUUGGGAUUAAAUUCUGAGAGGAAUAGUACAUGCACAUGUAGAUGCGUUCAGUGGUCAAAUCACGUGCCCACGCUACGUGAGGUUAUGUACCCAAUCUUGUUUAGACAUACGCUAGGAUGCACCCAUGUGGGUGUGUGGGCGUGAGUGUGGUGUACGUGCAUGAGUGCGUGUGUGCGUCCUACUUGUACUUAAAAGUGCACGCUACAUUACUAGUGAUCCAAAAGAAAUGUGUAUUAGCAGUCAGCGGUAGGGUCUUUGAAGAAUCAAAGGGCAAGAAGUUAUAUAUGAAUGAUAAGCUGCAUCACGAAGCCUCCAAGUCUCAAGAUUGUUACAUGGCAUCCUCAGGAGUCAUGACAGACAAUUUUUUCAACGAGGGUAUGGAUUAGUGUACAUGGUAUACUUCAGCAGUGCAGAUCAAUAUGCAGUUUACAAACUCAAUUAGAAUUUCCAUGAAGAGCUGGCAGAUUUCCCUUGUUCCAAAUAGAUCUCGCUGGCAAUCUCGUUGAACUGAGGAGACAAAUCUGGAUAUGCACAGAUCAACUUGACGCAUACUGCUGCUUACAAAGGUACCAUGGCUGGCUGCAGCUUGCUGUCCUAUAGCUCAGCGUUUUGCUGAUGGGAAGAACAGGGUAAUAAUGCAAGACCCCACAAAUGAUGCUGAUAAAAGUUACAUCAAGGACAGACGAAUGAAGACAUAGUACAAGCGGCAGCAAAAAUAUGGCCUCCUACAUCCAGUAAGACUCGGACGAAAUGUACCAUAAUAGAUGCGGCUCAUAGUCAGACAUUCUUAGACAUUUCCACCAGAAAUGUUGUGUUAAGAGAAGUUCCCGUGCUUCUUUUAUGAGUGAAGAAAAAGUCUUGUCAGGAUUCCUUUGUUCUGAAUAGAUGUGAGCAGCAAUCUCGUCGAACUGACCAGCCAGAUCUGUAUCUGCACUGAUCAAUUUGUUGCACACCGUCUCACAGAGGCACACCAAGGCUUCCUUCAGUUUGAUUUCCUGUAGUUGAUCACAAUUUUGCUGAUGAGAUGCAGUGGUGUUUCUCUGGCCAUUAUCAUCAUCUUCUACAGCAUGAUCUUUCUCUAAGUCAGCACCUGGUGCCGAAUACAUGGCGUUAUUUGCUUCUGAUACAUCUUGUAUGUCUGAUUCAGUCGGCUUAGCAAGUAUUUCUCUGAGCACCUGCAACAUGGAUGGUAUUUCAGUUUGACAAGGGAGAUGAUUCAACCUCACCCCAAACACGAUGUGGCCAAGGGCAUUUGAAUUUGUAAAGUUGACAACACAGAUUGUUCUUACCUUUGUCAUGACGCCGGUCAUGGAUUUCUUGAGUUCCUUGAGAUAUUCAUCAUCCUUGGUGUAAUGACUGCAUAGGCGCUCAAGGAUUUCUGCUGCCCUCAUUCUGUUUGUUUUGCUUUUGGCAUCUACAGUUGCUCUAGUGAGACAGCCAACAACAUCACCACCUGCUUGUAAGAUAAUCGUGGCAUUUGUUUCACUCUGUGAAGAUAGCAUGGACUGCAGCUUUUCACCUGCCAAAUCUUGGAUGUAACUGCGCUUCUUCAGCCAAUGAAUUGGGGAAGCAUUGUAAUAGCUACAGAUCCGUCUGCUCUGCACUUCCUCCCACAAAGGUGAGGAUUUUGACGGUGGUUUGACUGAAACUCUUCUCAUGCCCCAAAGAAACAAGUCUAGCAGUGUCCUAAUGAAUAUCGUGCUGCUGCUUCCACUGGCCACAAUGGAAGAUGUAUCCACAGACAGAUCUAAUAGCAUCUCCACUACUUGUCCCUGCAGCUUGGGUUCACAGUUGUCACACCCGAGAAUACCUUCCAGGGUGCUAGUAAUUGCUUUGCUGUUGCUUGAGAUCUCAUGUUGGAGCUUCGUCGUUCCGGUCUCCCCAGGAUCAGCCAUGAGCCGGCUCAUGAGUUCCAGUGACUCCUCAGCCAUGCUGCACCAUUCAUCAUGACGGUCUCUGUGGAUUUUGCUGGAGAUUAGAGGUGCCAUGAUCUUUGAUAGUAGACCUUUGGUGUUGGUCAUGACUCUGCAGUUCUCCUGGUCGACGGUGAGCUUCUGAAGGAUACGCAGGCCUUGCACCACCAACUCUUGAUAGCCAUGGAACCGGUCAUUGUCACCUUCCAUUGGCACACUUUCUUGCCUCUCGUGACCAGAUGUUCUGAUUAGGUAGCACCACUCAUAUUUCUCUAGAAACCAGUCCGGCUCAUAUGUCUUGGGCAGCCGAUGGUGUCGCUCGUAUGACAUGGGUAGCCAACUGUAUUCCUCAAACGUGUUGAGCAGGGAAGAGAUGCAUUGGAUCCCUCGCGGGAACUGCUCCAAAUA